AUGCUGCCUCACACCUCUCCUCCUCUCACCUUCUCUUCUACGUCACAAAAGUUGACACCUUUGCCCCUCUCGAACCAAACGGAUUUCAGUACAACCCAAGCAAUCCAAUCCCAUUUAUUUUUUCCUCUCAAAAGAUCACAAUUUUUUCAUCUUCUUCUCGUGAUAUCCUUUGUUUUUUUUCAUCCAUCCAUCCAUUCCCCUUUGCACGGUUGAGCUCGUCUCACAGUUGUUAAUUAACAGCAAGAACAUUUUUUUCCUUAAAUUUCUAUUUAAUUUAUACUACUUGCGAGCGAGAGCCACCUAAUCUUGGUGCCCACCAAGCAUAAGCUUCAUCAUCUUCUUCUUCUUUGAAGUCGUCUUCUUCCCUCCUCCUCUCGUCGCCUCUUGGAAAGAGAGAGAGAGAGAGAGAGAGAGAGAGAGAGAGAGGUGAUCGAGUUGCAGCAAUGGCGAGGAGGGCGCCAUGGCUCGCCGGGAUUGGGGCCGUGCCGUUCUUGAUCGUCGUCGUGGUGGCGGUGGUGGGCGCCGCCGUGCCGGCGAUGGGGAGGUUCGUGGUGGAGAAGAGCAGCGUGAGGGUGCUCUCGCCGGAGCACAUCCGGGGGCACCACGACGCCGCCAUCGGCAACUUCGGCGUGCCGGACUACGGCGGCACGCUCACCGGCGUCGUCGUCUACCCCGACAAGAAGGCCACCGGCUGCGCCGAGUUCGACGCCAAGUUCAAGUCCAAGUCUCGCCGCCCGGUCAUCCUCCUGCUCGACCGUGGAGAGUGCUACUUCGCGCUGAAGGCGUGGAACGCGCAGCAGGCGGGCGCGGCGGCGGUGCUGAUCGCGGACAACGUGGACGAGCAGCUGCUGACGAUGGACACGCCGGAGGAGUCGCCGGAGACGGAGUACAUCGACCGGAUCAGCAUCCCGUCCGCGCUGGUCAACCGCGCGUUCGGCGAGUCCCUCAAGAGGAUGUCGUCGCCGUCGCCGUCGUCAGAGGCGGCGGUGGAGGUGGUGGUGAAGCUGGACUGGCGCGAGUCGAUGCCCCACCCCGACGAGCGGGUGGAGUACGAGCUGUGGACCAACAGCAACGACGAGUGCGGCGCCCGGUGCGACGAGCAGAUGGAGUUCGUCCGCGGCUUCCGCGGCCACGCCCAGAUCAUGGAGAGAGGUGGCUACGCCCUCUUCACCCCGCACUACAUCACCUGGUACUGCCCCGAGGCCUUCAAGCUCACCCAGCAGUGCAAGUCCCAGUGCAUCAACCAUGGCAGGUAUUGUGCGCCGGACCCGGAGCAGGAUUUCGGGGAGGGGUACGAGGGGAAGGACGUGGUGGUGGAGAACCUGAGGCAGCUGUGCGUGCACCGGGUGGCCAACGAGACCGGGCGGCCAUGGGCGUGGUGGGACUACGUCAUGGACUACAAGAUCAGGUGCUCCAUGAAGGAGAAGAAGUACAGCAAGGGCUGCGCCGAGGACGUCGUCAAGGCCCUAGGUCUGUCGCUUGACAAGGUGCUGGAAUGUAUGGGCGAUCCAGAGGCCGACACCGACAACGCCGUCUUGGCCAAAGAGCAGGAAGAUCAGAUUGGCCGUGGAUCGCGAGGGGAUGUGACCAUCUUGCCUACUCUCGUCAUCAACAACGUCCAGUACAGAGGGAAACUGGAGAGGACGGCCGUGCUGAAAGCUGUCUGUGCCGGCUUCAAGGAGGGCACUGAACCUCGCGUCUGCUUGAGCAAUGAUAUCGAGACGAACGAGUGCCUGCACAGGAACGGCGGUUGCUGGAGAGACGAGAAAACCAACGUUACGGCUUGCAAGGACACGUUCAGGGGUAGGGUGUGCGAGUGCCCAGUGGUGAAUGGCGUCCAGUACGAGGGCGACGGGUACAUCGGUUGCAAAGCUGUUGGGCCAGGCAGGUGUACGGUGGACAACGGAGGCUGCUGGUCAGAGACUAGGGGUCAUCAGACGUUCUCUGCUUGCUCUGACACUGCAUUGACUGGAUGCCGAUGCCCCCCGGGUUUCCAAGGAGAUGGCCACAAAUGUGAAGAUUUGGAUGAAUGCAAGGAGAAGCUUGCGUGCACUUGCCCUAACUGCCACUGCAAGAACACCUGGGGCAACUACGAGUGCAAGUGCAAGGGCAACCAGAUCUACAUAAGAGGAGAGGACACAUGCAUAGCCAACAGCAUGUCAAGGUUCGGCUGGUUCAUCACUAUAUUGGUGGCGUCGUGCGUAGCCGGCGUGGGGAUUGCCGGCUAUGUGUUCUACAAGUACAGACUCAGGUCGUACAUGGACUCGGAGAUCAUGGCCAUCAUGUCCCAGUACAUGCCGCUUGACAGCCAGAACAACGAGAACCAACCCCUUCGACAGCAUGAUUCAGAGGCUUAAGGGACCUGGCCAUUUGAUGGAGAAUUUGGUUAGCUAUAUACCUUGUGAAGAGAUUGAUACAAAGAUGGGCUAUGAGUUCAAGGGAACUAGUUAUGGUGAUCCCAGACCAUACUCAGCAGAUACUUAAGUGUGCUUCCAAUGAUUUUAGCUUCAUUUUUGUAUAGUAAAAGAAAUGGUUUGUACCGAGCCACAGUGAUUGAGCAAUAGAGAAGUAGCUAGGUAGGCAUUUCUGCUCUCAUGUGGAACGACAUACAAUACAAUACACACAGAAUUUUUAGAAAAGAAAAAUACAGGUGGCGGUGUAUCAUAGUCAUAGAUAACCAUAUUAAGAAAAAUAUGGAUGGCGGUGUAUCAAAAACCAUAAAAUAAGGUGUUUCUGUCUAUUUGGAGUUGUUUUGGCAUGCUUUCCUGAAAACACCAGGCUCUUGUUUUCAGAAAUCCAUGAUAAGAGAGUUGAUCA